CCGGGUGUAAUAGGUGCCGGAAUUGUCCAAGGCAGGUUAAGCUAUCAGCUAGCUAGGUAGCGCCGAAAUAGCUCUAUAUAUAUUCUUACCUUCUUCUUCAUUAAAUUCAGAAUUUAUUUCAUUCUCUUCAAUAUUCUCAACUCCUCAUGCAUAACUAUUUAAGUGUUGUGGUCUGAAUUUUCCAUAGUUAUUAUUAUUAUUAUGAGCAACACAAUGAGGCCAAGAAGUAAAGCCAUGUUUAAUUUGGUUUAUGAUAGGGGUUGACACUUGACACACCCAUCUCUUCAUUUUUCCAUCUUUUUCUAUCCAAUUUCCAUUACAUCUUUUUUUAAUUUUCAAAAUAAAAAAAACAUAUGGAUAUUAAUAUUGGCAAGAGCAUGAAGCAGGGGAACAAGAAGUCAGGAGGAGGCCUCAUCACAAAAACAUGGGAGAGAUGCAAGUCCAUAGGAAGAGGAGGGCACAAAAGUAAAUAUCCAUCGUCGGUGACUCCAACGACAACAAGGAGCAAAUCAUGGCCUAAUUUGCGAGGUGGAGGAGAAAAGGGAGGAAAGAAAGGCGGUGUUGUGGCUCCGGAAGGAUGCUUUUCGGUUUACGUUGGGCCUCAAAUGCAAAGGUUUGUGAUCAAAACUGAGUAUGCUAACCAUCCUUUGUUCAAGAUGUUGCUUGAAGAAGCUGAAUCAGAAUAUGGUUAUAGCUGCCAAGGACCUUUGGCCCUUCCUUGUAAUGUUGAUGUCUUUUAUAAGGUUUUGAUGGAAAUGGAUAGUGAAGCUCCUCCUCCUCCUCAUGGUUGUGCUUUCGGAAACCGAUCUCGUUCUUCUUAUCAUCUUCUCAGCCCUUCCAGAAUGAUUGUCUUAAACAACUUCUGAUUAUAUAUCUUAUGGACUCUGAUAAUUCGAAGUUCAUAUUAUCUAUAUCAAUAUUAAUUUAAACUUCAUAAAAUAGCCAUAUGGUAAUCAAUUUCCCAUUUACUAGUGUAAAAAUUAAAUUUCUAGUAAGUUAAGUUAGUGCUGUGUUAAUUGCUUUCCAUUGCAAGUAGUGAUCAUCAAGUAUAAUUAUCAAAUGUUUGAAAUUAAUAAAAUGUGUGAUUCAUAUGGUUUGCCCUAUUCAAA